ACUUACUGUUUGGAUACUAUGCUUGAGGCUGGUAUUCACAAGGAAAUCAACAUCGUUCAAUAUUGUGAUGGCGAAGAAGACUGCAGGACAGGUGUAGAUGAAAGCCCGAGGCGAUGUGCCAUGUUCCCAAACAGGCUUCCGUGCACCCGGUCCAAUCGCUUUAUUUCAAGAGACAACAUGUGUGAUGGCAUACCGGAUUGUGUGGAUGCUUCAGACGAAGAUGUCUGUGCUGGAAAGGGAGCUUGUCUGCUACCGAUAUCCUUACUUCAAGAGAAGUAUUCAAUUGAGGAGAGUAUUGGCACAAAUCAAGGGUUCCACAGUAGCCACCAACUCAGCUUGGCACAGUGGACGGUAGAGGGACUUAAUGACUGGUUGCAAAUUACAUUGGAAAACCCCGUACAACUUGCCGGAGUAGCAGUUUCUGGUUCAAGGCGAUCGCAUACUCUCAUAUUUUCCUUGGAGUACGGGUUUUUGGAUGAUUGUUUGACAGCGUAUACGGAAGAAGACGAACUUAAGACAUUCCAAACCGAUGGUGAUGGUAAGGGUGAGCAUCAUCUUGUCACAGCAGUGCGUGCCAAGGUGGUUAGGGUUAUACCACAAGCUUGGCUGUACAAGACGAUUUGGGACGUAGGACUACUAGGAUGUGUGGUAAAAGAGCAUCGCAUAAAGGACGCAUCCUGUGGUAAAGGUUGGACGAUGUUUGGAGAGCGUUGCUACCAGAAGUUUCCCUCGCCACUUGUCUGGUGGGCUGCGGAGAACUAUUGUCAAGCUCUUGGUGGUCAUCUGGCGGCUGUCAACACACUAGAGGAAAACGACUUCCUCCGAGACAACAUUGGAAACGGAUGGAUAGGGAUGAAACUUGGUGCUGUAUUGAUAAAGAAGGAGAGACAGAAAAUUGUGGACUUUUCUUGGAGCGAUGGAAGUCCUGCAGGCGACUCUUUCAAGGAACAGGAUAUGUCAUUCGAUGGUUUCCGGGAAUAUAUUUGGAGACUAAAUGAUCCCUUCUGUGCCUUUCUAGAAUAUUACGGUUCCUGGAGUCUUCAACCUUGCAGUCUGAUUGAGAAAGAAUUCAUCUGUGAGAGAGAUCCGUCACCAUACCGGACUGAUAGCUGUGAAACUACCGCAAACGACAUUCACACCGAGUUAGAAAAUGUGCAAGAUACGGACCGAGACGAAAUAAAUGUUUAUAUGCCGGAUAUGACAGUGUGCGACGAUUGCAUGGCUCGGAAGACAGCCUGUGGCCAUAUACGAUGUGGCAACCCUGACCAAUACCGCUGUGGCCUGAUCUACUCCCCAGGAUACCCUACGGCCUUCCCCUCUUCAGUGAUCUGCCUCUGGACAAUUGAGGGUGCUCCCGGAAGCUUCAUAACUCUUCUGCUGCUAGAUGUAGAUCUGCCCGGAUACUCGGGAGGUGCCUGCACCAGCCGUGUGCUGCUAGUCAGGGACAGGUUCCUCACGGUAGGAUGGAACACGAUCCACGGGCUGUGUCGCGGCGAGGGUGAACAGAAGCGUUACGUGUCGAGCUCUAACGAAAUGCAGUUGGCCAUGUUGGCGACGAGCAGCAAUUCUGAUUUUGGCGACAGUCGCGGGUUUAUUGCGACGUUCAAUGUCAGUACGUUCACCACUAGCCGACAAGUGCAGAACCUACCUGAUGAUGCAGGAAUGUACGAUAUCUAUCGGAACUCGACCUUUGUGUGGACCGAUGACACUCCGAUGACAUACAUCGACUGGUCACCCAUGGAUGUCAGAACCUGGUUCGCACAACCUGACGGCGCUAAGCUCAACUUCUGCGUUGCCAUAGUGAUGAAGAACGUCUGGGGAACUGACCAGUGGUACGACGAGUCCUGCACUGAACGAGCCACAAGGUCCUUCAUCUGCAAGCGGGCGGCCAAACGAGUGAACCGCUCGGGAGGCAAUGCUUAA